AUGAAUGAAUCUAACUAUUAUUUUCAUGAUGGACAAUAUUUUUUUGCUUCAACUUCAUCUCAAGUUUCGCCUUAUGAAAUGAUUUUGUUGUUAAAUACUAUAACUGAACUCGAUGAUGAAAGUAUUAUCUAUGAUGAUCAAAACAUUUCUACUUCAAUUUUAUCCCAAGUUCCUCUACAUGAAACGAUUUCAACAUUAAAUACUGAAAAUGAACUCGAUGAUAAAAGUCUUACUUAUGAUGAUCAAAAUGGUUCUACUUCGAAUUCGUCACAAGUUCCUUGA